CUGCGGGCUGGGCCGGGCCCUCCACCGCCGCCCGCGCUGGUCGCUGUGCCCUCCGCCCCGCGGCGCAGGACCCCGCGGCCGCCCGGCAUGGCCCGGCGCUCGGACAGCUCCCUGGAGGAACAGCUGCUGGAAGGCCGCUUCCACUCGGAGCUGCGGCUGGACGCCCAGGGGAACCCCGAGCCCCGGCUCCCGCUGGUCCGGAGCCCCCUGCAGGGCAGGAGCAAUGCCGUCUUCCAGCCCGACACCCCGGGGCCCCAGCUCGCGUCCCCGGAGGCCAGGGAGCCGCGCACCGUCGUCCUGAGCACGCAGAGCCCCGUGGCCCUCAGGCUGGGCACCGAGCAGCGCAUCCCCCGCAGCCUGGCCGUGUCCAGCAAGGUCAAGGCCCCGGCGCGCCACCAGAGCUUCGGGGCGGCCGUGCUCAGCAAGGAGGCCGCCCGGCGGGAGCCCCGGCUCCUCGCGGCGCCCAGCUUCUCCCUGGACGACAUGGACAUGGACACGGGCCCCGGGGGGGCGCUGUCACGGAACCUGCGCAGCCAGUCCUAUCGCGCGGCCAUGAAGGGCCUGGGGGCGCUGGGAGGCGAGGUGGCCCCCGUCCAGCUCAGCCCCAAGCUCCACGCGCUGGCCGAGGAGGCCGCCCCGCCUCCUGCUCGGCACUCGCCCCGAAAUAAGAAGACGCUGGGGCGGAAGCGUGCGCACAAGGGCUCCUUCAAGGACGACCCCCGGUUCUAUCAGGAGAUCCGGGAGCGGGGCCUGACCACCAGCCAGGAGUCCGAUGACGACCUGCUGGACGAGCCGGGCAGCCCCGAGGGAGCGCGGACGGUGGGCGCCCCCAUCGUGGUCAAGAGCUUCCGGGCCCCCCAGGUCACCUGGAGCCAGCUCCCCGAGGUGGUGGAGUCGGGCAUCCUGGACACGCUGCCGGCCGAGGAGCGCAAGAGGCAGGAGGCCAUCUUCGAGAUCCUCACGUCCGAGUUCUCCUACCAGCAUAGCCUGGGCACCCUGGUGGCCGAGUUCCUGCAGAGCCGGGAGCUGCGGGCGACCAUGACCCAGACGGAGCACCACCACCUCUUCUCCAACAUCCUGGACGUGCAGGGCGCCAGCCAGAGGUUCUUCGAGGACCUGGAGCGGCGGCACAAGGCGCAGGUGUGCGUGGAGGACAUCAGCGACAUCCUGGAGGAGCACGCGGAGCGGCACUUCCACCCCUACGUGGCCUACUGCUCCAACGAGGUCUACCAGCAGCGCGCCCUGCAGAGGCUCACAAGCAGCAACGCCGCCUUCCGAGACGCCCUCCGGGAGAUCGAGAGGCGGCCGGCGUGCGGCGGGCUGCCCAUGAUCUCCUUCCUCAUCCUCCCCAUGCAGAGGGUCACCCGGCUGCCCCUCCUGACCGACACACUCUGCCUCAAGACCCAGGGCCACCCCGAGAGGUACAGGGCCGCCAGCCGCGCGUUCAAAGCCAUGAACAAGCUGGUGAAGCAGUGCAACGAGGGGGCCCACAAGAUGGAGCGCAUGGAGCAGAUGUACACGCUGCAGACGCAGCUGGACUUCGGCAAGGUCAAGUCCCUCCCGCUGAUCUCCGCCUCCCGCUGGCUGCUGAAGCGCGGGGAGCUGUUCGUGGUGGAAGAGACCGGGCUGUUCCGGAAACUCACCAGCCGGCCCACGUGCCACCUGUUCCUGUUCAACGACGUGCUGGUGGUCACCAAGAAGAAGAGCGAGGACAGCUUCGUGGUCCAGGACUACGCCCACGUGGACCACCUCCAGGUCCACAAGGUGGAGGCCACGGAGCUCCCCCUGCCCGGCGGCGGCAACCGCAGCUCGUCGGUGCCGCACCCCUUCCAGGUGACCCUGCUGCACAACAGCGAGGGCCGCCAGGAGCGGAUCCUGCUGUCCUCGGACUCCGCGAGUGACCGGGCCCGCUGGAUCACGGCGCUGACGCUCAGGGAGCAGCAGUGGCUGGGCCCCGCCAACAAGGGAGACCUGCCGCAGGCGGAGGUCACCAAGGCCUACUUCGCCAAGCAGGCGGACGAGAUCUCGCUGCAGCAGGCCGACGUGGUGCUGAUCCUGCAGCAGGAGGACGGAUGGCUCUACGGCGAGAGGCUGCGGGACGGCGAGACGGGCUGGUUCCCCGAGGACUUCGUCCAGAGCAUCACCAACCACGUGGCCGUGGAGGGCAACGUGCGCAGGAUGGAGCGGCUGCGCGUGGAGACGGACGUGUAGCCGCCCCGCCCGCCGGCGGCUUCAGCCCACACUCCAGCCCGCCAGCGGCCGUGCCGGGCCCCGGGGGCACAGUGACUCGUCCCAGGAGCCUGACCGUCCUGGGUCUCCCCGAGGACCGUGCCCUGCCGCCAUGGCUCCAGACCAGCUCGUGGCCCACACCAGCCCUGACUCCCGGCCCCGGCCCCGGCAGGAGCCCAGCAGCCGUGGCCACUGCCCCCGCCGGCUCCCGCCAGCCCACCCUGCCCCGUGCACUCAGAACUGUGCCACACGUGACGUGGAGGGACCGUGAGAACGGAUGGCGUGGCUGCCCACCUCCUGCCCCGCGUGCACAGGAGGCCUCGCGCCCGGGCUGCCCUGCCUCCCGAGAGGAGGGUGGGGGAGGGGACCGUGUGGCCGGCACGUACUGUGACUGCGCUUUCCGGGGAUAUUAAAG